GGCCGGGAAGCCAAGAGCCCGGGGUCCCGGCCCAUGGCGGGAGUUUAGGGAGCGGUCGGGAGCGGAGUGCAUCGCCUUCAGCGCAAGGGGGAGCAGCAGAGGGCCAGCAAAACCCUUUUUCAAAGUAUUUCAAGGAAAACUGAUGGAGGGUUAAGGAAGCAAAAGUGAAAACUGCAUCAGUUCUCCAUCGACCAUGGGUCCUUUCUCAUGGACAUUCCUAGUCUUGGGGUAUCUGCUGUCAGGGCUGCGACGCGGAGCCUGCCAGCCCCCGUUUCCCGCCAUCCUGCCGGACGAGGAGGAGCUGGUGGUGUCCCUGCACAUGUCCUUCUCCCUGCGGUGCACCGGGGACAGCGAGGUCAGCUGGCAGUUCCCCACGCUGGACGACGGCAGCCCCGGCGUGUCCGUCCGCAGCGAGGAGAACAACAGCGGCUCCUUCGUGGCCGUGCUGGAGGUGGCCAACGCCACAGCCGUGCACACCGGCCUCUACACCUGCUACUACAACCACACGCAGGCCCAGGAGGCCGAGGCCGAAGGCCGGGAUAUCUACAUCUACGUGCCCGACCCGGACGUCGCCUUCGUGCCCUCGGUCAUGGUCGACCACUUCAUCGUCGUGGAAGAAGACGAUUCCACCGUGAUCCCCUGCCGCCCCACCGACCGGGACGCGCAGGUGUCCCUGCACGCCAGCGACGGCAAGGAGAUCGUUGCCUCCUAUGACAGCCGCCAAGGCUUCCUGGGUCACUUCCCCAUGGGGUCCUACACUUGCGAGACGACCAUCCGUGGCAGGAAGUUCCAGACCCUCGAGUUCAACGUCUACACCUUGCGAGCCACCCCGGAGAUCGUUGUGGAGAUGGAGGCCCCGAAGACGGUUUACAAGACGGGCGAAACCAUCGUGGUCACCUGUGCCGUCCUGGACAACGAGGUGGUCGAUUUCCAGUGGAACUACCCGGGGAAGGUGAGGGACAAGGGCAUCAUCAAGCUGGACGAGAUUAAGGUCCCGUCCAUCAAGCUGGUGUACACCCUGACGGUGCCCGAGGCCACGGCCAAGGACGGCGGCGAUUAUGAGUGUGCUGCCCGCCACGCCACCAAGGAGGUGAAGCAGAUCAAGAAGGUCACCAUCACCGUCCACGAAAAAGGCUUCGUCCGGCUCCAGCCUGGCUUCGGCCCGGUGGAGGCCGUGAACCUGCACGAGGUCCGGCAUUUUGGCGUGGAGCUGGAGGCCUACCCCCCGCCCAGGGUGUCCUGGCUGAAGAACAACGUGUCGCUCACGGAGAAUCUGACCGAGAUCACCACCAGCCUGGAGAAGACCCAGGAGAUCAGGUAUCAGAGCAAGCUGAAGCUAAUCCGAGCGAAGGAGGAAGACAGCGGGCACUACACAAUUGUGGUGCAAAACGACGAUGAUAGUAUGAACUACACCUUUGAGCUGCUGGUUCAAGUGCCGGCCUCCAUCUUGGAUCUGGUGGACGACCACCACGGCUCGGCGGGGGGCCAGACCGUCCGCUGUGUCGCCGAAGGGAUGCCGCUGCCUGACGUCGACUGGAUGGUCUGCAGGGACAUUAAAAAAUGCAACAACGAGACCUCGUGGACCCUCCUGGCCGCCAACGCGUCCGACAUCGCCGUGGAGGCCCACAUGGGCGACAAGGACACGAUGGAGAGUCAGGUGACCUUCCGGCAGGUGGAGGAGACGCUGGCGGUGCGCUGCUUGGCCAAGAACCACCUCGGGGCCGUGACGCGGGAGCUGAAGCUGGUGGCCCCUGCCCUGCGCUCUGAGCUGACCGUGGCUGCCGCCGUCCUGGUGCUUCUGGUGAUCGUGAUCGUCUCCCUCAUCGUGCUGGUCAUCAUCUGGAAACAGAAGCCGCGCUAUGAGAUCCGAUGGCGGGUCAUCGAGUCCAUCAGCCCGGACGGCCACGAGUAUAUCUACGUGGACCCGAUGCAGCUCCCCUACGACUCGCGCUGGGAGUUUCCGAGGGACGGGCUGGUGCUCGGCCGAAUCCUUGGGUCCGGAGCAUUUGGGAAGGUGGUGGAAGGCACUGCAUACGGGCUGAGCCGCUCCCAGCCCGUGAUGAAGGUGGCCGUGAAAAUGUUAAAACCCACGGCUCGAUCCAGCGAGAAGCAGGCCCUCAUGUCGGAGCUGAAGAUCAUGACGCAUCUGGGCCCCCAUCUGAACAUCGUGAACCUCCUGGGGGCCUGCACCAAAUCAGGACCCAUCUACAUCAUCACCGAGUACUGCUUCUACGGCGACCUGGUCAACUACCUGCACAAGAACCGCGAUAACUUCCUGACUCGCCACCCGGAGAAGACGAAGAAAGAGCUGGACAUCUUUGGGAUGAGCCCCACCGACGAGAGCACCAGGAGUUACGUCAUCCUCUCAUUCGAAAACAACGGGGACUACAUGGACAUGAAGCAGGCGGACGCCACGCAGUACGUGUCCAUGUUGGAGAGGAAGGAGUCAUCCAAGUACUCGGACAUCCAGCGAUCCCUGUACAACCGGCCGGCCUCCUACAAGAAGAAGUCCGUGUCGGACGCUGAAGUCACGGACCUCCUGUCGGAUGACGGUUCGGAAGGCCUUGGCCUGCUGGACCUGCUGAGCUUCACCUACCAGGUGUCCCGCGGGAUGGAGUUCUUGGCUUCGAAAAAUUGUGUCCACCGGGACCUGGCUGCGCGGAAUGUCCUACUGGCGCAAGGGAAGAUCGUGAAGAUCUGCGACUUCGGGCUGGCGAGGGACAUCAUGCACGACUCCAACUACGUGUCCAAGGGCAGCACCUUCCUGCCUGUGAAGUGGAUGGCCCCGGAGAGCAUCUUCGACAACCUGUACACCACGCUCAGUGAUGUCUGGUCUUACGGGAUCCUGCUGUGGGAGAUCUUCUCUCUCGGGGGCACGCCCUACCCGGGCAUGAUGGUCGACUCCACCUUCUACAACAAGAUCAAGAGCGGCUACCGAAUGGCCAAGCCGGACCACGCCACCAGCGAGGUGUAUGAGAUCAUGGUCAAGUGUUGGAACAGCGAACCGGAGAAGAGACCAUCUUUCUACCACCUGAGCGAGAUCGUGGAGAGCCUGCUGCCCGGCCACUACAAGAAGAGCUACGAGAAAAUCCACCGGGACUUCCUGAAGAGCGACCACCCGGCCGUGGCCCGGAUGAGAGUUGAGAGCGAUGAGCCGUACGUGGGUGUCACCUACAAGAACGAGGAGAAACUCAAGGAGUGGGAGAGCGGCUUGGACGAGCAGAGACUCAGCGCCGACAGCGGCUACAUCAUCCCCCUGCCGGACCUCGAACCCGGACUGGAGGACGAGCUCGGCAAGAGGAACCGGCACAGCUCCCAGACGUCCGAGGAGAGCGCCAUCGAGACCGGUUCCAGCAGCUCGACCUUCGUCAAGAGAGAGGACGAGACCAUCGAGGACAUCGACCUGAUGGAUGAUGACAUCGGCAUCGACUCGUCGGAUCUGGUGGAGGACAGCUUCCUGUAG